AUGCAUCAGCACGACGGACACCCUAUCUUUAGACGCCGCAGCCAGCGCUUCAUCAACGCCAAUGCAUCUAGAAGGAAAGGUUUCAAAGGCUUAAGUAGCCCCCCGCGUUUAACAAUAUUCACACUUCCUACGGAAAUCCUCUUGAUGCUCAUCAGUUUCCUCGAAGGACCAUGGCGACUUUCUUUAGCUAUGACCUGCAAAUUCUUUGCAAAAUUAACUCCAGAAGAAUUCAGGUCGUGUCUUGGAUUGGAAGAUCGGAUCAAAUUCCUUUCAACUUUGCAAAAGGAUGUCCCCAACACAUACUUCUGCUACUGUUGCACCAGGCUACGCCCGCUUAAUCCAAGUCUCGACUGGAGAGCCCAAGCUCAUGCAGACUCCACUCGUUCUUUCGAGAAUUCCCUCUGGCUGCCUGUUGUCAUCCGGUCAGGUCACAUCAAACUUCCGAAACGCUAUAAUGUCUUCCUAGACAAGGGUCAAAUAUCAUUCAUGGAAGUCUAUUUGUUCAUGCGUCGACAUCUUUACGGGUUCCCUCACGGUAUUUCUCCGCAAAGCCUGGAAAGAUACGAAGCGUUUGAGGACGUUGUUAAACUGGAUGAAUGUCUCUGGUCACGUAUCAGCUCACCAGAGCAAUUCAAGCUUGUACCAAAGAAGAAAACCCGCACUUUUGUCCAGCUUCCCGGACGAGGUCUCGAGGCGGUAUCGAGAGCUGAAAACGCCUGGAGAUUUUCCUUUCGAUACACCCCUAGGAUCGUCAAUGACAAGCUCUAUCUCGCCAGGUUCUACGCCGUAGUCGGGCCUCAUGUACCCUUGGAGCACCUGAACCGCUUAAUUAGCAGUAUCGGGAUACCGAUCUGUAAUCAUCUCUAUUGCUCGGCAGAGCCGUCCUGUUGCUCUCGCCACGACGGUCUACGAAUGAACUAUUUGCGUUACUAUCCACGCAUUCAAACAACACUGCCCUGUUUGUAUCAUCAUGACGGAAAGGACCUCGAGUUUGAUUCGAAGCAGGACUCGUGUCUCAUAUGCAGCACAGAUUACGACGUCUCACUCCGCCGGAGAAUGAGCAAUAACGAAACAAGCUUGAGCAUCAGUAUGUAUCAUUGUCUUGGGUCAUGCCAGUCUCCAAAUGACAAACUCUGGGCUUAUUUCGCCACUUCUGGCCGAGAACCCUGGAACCAUGGGACUUUCCUGCCCUCUACUAAGGAUGAGGUUUCGGAGGCGCCUCUAUCCCUAUCCUUUGGCGGAAACGCUGCCGCCCGGUUUCGCUACGAUGUCAGCCAUCGGUUCCAAAAGCUCAAGGCUCGCAUUCCCGAGUUAGAUCUUGGAGGUUCCCGACGGAUAUGGCACGUUGUACCAUGCUCGGAAUGA